AUGGCGCCUUCUAGCAAUUGCUCAAUCCUCUUCGUGAUGAUAGCAUUAUUGUCCUUAUCAAGCAUCACCACAAGUCAUGCUGCUCGUAGCCUACUGCAACUUCCCAACUUGCCAACGAUCCCCUCGUUGCCUCAGCCAACAAUGCCACAAUUACCCACUAUUCCCAAUUUACCAACAGCAGCCACAUUGCCACCAUUGCCAAGCAUUACAUCUUUGCCAACACUUCCAACAGCUAGUACACCAUUGCCAUCUUUGCCUACGUUGCCCUCUGUCCCGAAAAUGACUCUGCCUCCAAUGCCUGCCAAUAUUCCUCUUCCCAACAUGCCAUCACUUCCAAACAUUCCCACAAUUCCAACACUUUCACCUCCUCCAUCCAACUAA